GACCGCCUCUUGUCAGGGUCGUUUGAACUGAAAGGCGGGUGACUUUGAAAGGAUCUGACUUUUUUAGAGUGCGGAAUUAAUAAAAGGUUAUUAUUUCGAACAAUUGCUUAAGUUAUCCUUCCAUGUAAUGCUAAUGCAUUAUACGGCCCAAACGUAACGAUACAACGAAUCGUAAUAGUCAUGGUAAAUGCGAAUAUCGAUAACUUGGUUAAAAUUUGUCUACCUAUUUUCAUUGGAAUUGCCUUGCGCUCAUCUACCAGUUUACAUUCAUAUUCCGGUGAAAAUAAACCACCUAUAUAUGGUGACUAUGAAGCUCAACGUCAUUGGAUGGAAAUCACCGUUAAUUUACCUUUCACGGAAUGGUAUAUGAAUUCAACCCAUAAUGAUUUGAAUUAUUGGGGGUUAGAUUAUCCACCUCUUACGGCAUACCAUAGUUGGUUGAUGGGUAAACUAGCUUCUAAAAUUGACCGUGAUUGGGUUCAGUUGUACACAUCGAGAGGUUUCGAAUCUAAGGAGCAUAAGUUGUUCAUGCGUUAUACUGUAUUGGUAGCUGAUUUAAUGUUUUUUAUACCGUCCAUAUUACUAUAUUUCUUCUAUGUUCUACCCAGCAUAAUGAAUAAAGGUAAUAAAUCACAACAAAUUGGUGGAUUUUAUUCAGCAUGCCUAACAUUAACUUAUCCUGGCCUUAUUUUGAUUGACCAUGGGCACUUCCAGUAUAAUUGUAUCAGUCUUGGUUUGUAUUUGAGCGGAAUCAAUUUCCUCCUCCUAGAAUGGGAUAUGCUCGGUUCUAUAUUAUUUUGUUUAGCCAUAGGUUAUAAACAAAUGGAACUAUAUCAUGCGUUGCCAAUUUUUUUCUAUUUAUUAAGCAGAUGUAUUUAUAAGAAAUCCGUGUACGGGGGAUUAACACAUCUGGCUAAACUGAGCUUUGUCGUUUUCUUGACAAUGUUUUUGAUAUUUGCACCGUUUGUACUAACAACCGAUUUGAGUCUUUUAUUUCAAGUCGUUCGACGUUUAUUUCCGUUUGAUCGCGGUAUUUACGAAGACAAAGUAUCUAAUUUUUGGUGUGCUACAUCACCGCUAGUAAAGUGGCGUUCACCACUUUCUAUGUCAUCCUUAACACUAUCGUCUACUAAACUGGUAUGGGUUAGUGCUCAGCUCGUACUGAUUACAUGCCUUCCAUCUUGUCUAGUUUUAUUAAAGAAGUCUAAAAAACAAAAAUUUCUGGUUUCUCUAGCCCUGUGUGCGCUAAAUUUUUACUUAUUUUCCUUCCAAGUUCAUGAAAAAUCAAUUUUGUUAGUGUCUAUUCCUACUUUGUGUCUGCUACCUUUUUAUCCCAUAUCGUCAUUUUUGUUCUCCUUAUGCUCUACUCUUAGUAUGUGGCCGUUAUUAAAAAAAGAUGGUCUACAAUUGGCUAGUUUAUGUUUAACAUGUAUACAUACCAUCCUGGGCUGUUUUAUAAUACUUAAAAGUAAUAAUGGUGAUAAACAUGUUACGGAGAAAAAGAAAUUACAAAAUAGUGCUACGAGUAAUAAUGUCACAAUAUCUCUCAUCCUUCUUAUCCUUAUUGGCUAUAGUAGCUUGAUUAUCGGUGACCUAUUGAUCACACCUCCUGUAGCAUAUCCCGAUUUAUUUCCUUUGCUAUCUUCUAUAUACUCCUUCACGCUGUUUUUCUUAUUCAUGCUCUAUUGGCAGUUAGAAUUGAUUUUUAUGUAAAAAAUUUGUGCUUAGUUUUAUCUCUGAGAAAAAUACAUGUCCAUAAAAAUCGCGUUUUAUGCUUCGAAACUUUGGUUUACUGGUUAACUUAUUCUGUUUAGUAUACACUAACAUGCUUGUAAUAAGAUAUGUUUUCAUAAUAAGCUUUGUGACCCAAUAAAAUUUCGACAAUGGAAGAGUUACUAUUUUUACUGUAGGCAAAUAGAUUAACUUACACCCUAGCUCUAAACAACCAAGGAUAGGGUAGAAGUAGGGGGUGGCUAGACAUGUCUCAAUCACGCAUCAAUUUAACAUCCUCAUCACGUUCAUCAAACUUUACCUUAACACAGAUCAUAUACUGCUCCAAUCACAUGUAAGCAGUGCUUCGAUGAAUAUGUAAUAUUAGCAAUUUCAUACAUCCACUUUUAAAGAUCAUAUCUCAAAUGAACUGCUGCUUCACAAGCAAAUUAUAUAGACAAUAGCCAAAGAAACACAUUUUAUGAGUGCUUGGGUUUCGUCACUGUCUGAACCAACACUACUGGUGGAAAUUCUGGAACAAGUGAAACAGGCAGUACACUCUAACGUCAGACCAGCCAUUGGUCCAGAAGCAAGCAUCUAGAAGAGAAACGUGUUAAAUGCUACUGCGUUCAGUGCUUUAGAAAAACUGGAUGCCGACUAUUACUCAUAAAAAGUAUUCCGUAUAAAAGCCUGAUCGUCGAUAAACUAGAGCGGGAUUUUGUAUCCAUGACAAUUGAAAGGUGGAAGGUAGAUACCUAACACAGCAAAUCCAAGUGGCCAUUCGUCACAUCUUGUAACAUGUUCUAAAUUUUUUGGUUAAAAAAACUUAAGUUGGUCGAUGUAAUCCCUUGACCUGCGUUCCAGUGGCGACAAAUUGAGCCGCAAAUUGCGACAAUCUUAGUGUUUUGCUAAUGCUAACCAAAUGUAGUCAGUAAAACUUGAUACAUGUGCACAUUGGUUUAAUAUGCCAUAUCCCAUUGGCACGAGAUGAGAUUGUCAGCGCAAAUCCCAAAGCAGCAAAGGUGGUAUCACUAUUAGUGGUAAUAGAAAAAUUGGAGGUGUGGGUUAGUGGAGAAAAGAAACAUAUCAUUUAGAAACUCAGGAUAAAACGAAAGACUACGAGUAGAUACAUCUGCGUCAUUGGGAACUAAGUCUCAAACCACCGAUUGCAGUUAUCGAGAACACAACAAUUAGGAGGCCUACACUGAUUAACAUGACUCAGUCAACUUGUUAAUGACUUUAUGCAUUAAUAUCUUAUUGGUUUUGACGCCUAACUUUCUUUAAACCUACUCCUAUGCUAGACAACAAUCAAUUGAGGUAGGUGGUUAAUCGCACACACAAUACAUGACCAAAAUAUAAGCGAAUGAUCAGUUAUGUCUUACAAAAUGGGAAGGAAUUAAGCAGAAUAUCCAAAGCAAUAUUGCUGACCAAGACCUAACAACAUUUAGUUACGUGCAAAAGAUAGUUUAAACACGUUAAUUUACCACACUUCAUUUUGUAAGGACAUCGGAAGGUACAAACCGAUUCAGAAUCGAACUGGAUCAAAUGUAACAGUCGAAAUAUCGUCUCACAUUAAUGCAUAUCCAUGUUAGCCAUUACUUAGAAAGGUAUAGUAGGUGUAAAAAGCAACGUACCGUGCCCCGAAAUGCCCUGGUGCGGCCGAGAGCGGUGAUAGUCCGCUCUCUUUCUCUCAAAAUGCUCUCAUAUGGCCACACGUAUUUAGCCUCUGCCAGGGAAGUCCCACUCACUGCCUUAUGGUGACGGUGUUGUUUACGAAAUUGAGAAAACGAAAAGCGAAUGUCCGGCGCUUUGACCGGGUUGGUGGACACAGAAAGUCCACCUAGGCGAGUUGGCAAACCCUGAUUCCAAACCAAUGGUGCACAU